AUGUCGACCCCCGACCUAGAUCCUGAUGCUGGUGUCAAGGCAAUCUCUUUCACAGCUACAGCCUACCGAGACGUUUACCCUGCGAUUGACCCUCGCCAUCGCCCUGAGCUUUCCCAGGCCGGAAGGGUUGUUAUAAUAACUGGUUCUUCCCGUGGCAUUGGGCAGUUGGGAUUCGCGACUUCGUUCGCUCAUGCCAAAGCCGCUGCCAUCGUGUUAAUUGGCCGUUCCUCUGAUGCGCUGGCCAAAACAGAAAGUCUUGUGAACAAGCUCAACCCUGAAACUCAAGUGCUUUGCAUCCCCCUUGACGUUACCGACAAGAAUGGAGUGGACACUGCUUUCGAACAGAUCGUGACUCGUUUCGGGGUGCCCCAUGUAUUGAUCAACAAUGCGGGCACUCUUGACUCGCUGGAGCCGAUUGCAGAAGUGGAUAUAGAUCGAUGGUGGAGAACACAGGAAGUCAACGUAAAGGGAACAUUCCUCAUGACCAAAGCCUUCUUGAAAGCUACGGGAAGUAAUCCCGCAGCCCCGACGACAAUCAUUAAUAUGACAUCGGCCGCAUCCCAGGGAACCCCACCGGGAAUGAACUCUUAUUCCCCUGCCAAGAUGGCGGUGACUAAACUCACUUUAUAUAUCUCCCAGGAGCAUCCGACCAUCACCUGCGUUGCGCUUGACCCUGGGAUUGUCGCUACCGAUAUGGGGUGCAGUGUGCCCUAUCUCGCACCCUUUAUGCACGAUACUGCAGAGCUCUCUGGUGGGACCGCAGUAUGGCUCUGCAGUGGCGACAAGGCCUACCUGUCGGGUCGGUAUGUGUCCGUCAACUGGGACCUGGAGGAAGUCGAACGAAGAAAAGAGGAGAUUUUGAAAGAUAGCCGACUGCUCACGUUCUGUCUUAAGGGAGACUUCGGAGGUCCUGAUGUGACUGUUCAUAAAUAUAACUAG